GGCAUCUGCAAGACAUCACCUCCUCCCAAAGAAUGUUGCGCUCUCCUGUUCAUGCCCCUCCUUGGCUCGCAAGGCGUACUCUGGCUACCCAGGCUGCGGCAUAUACUGGGUACAAGCCCUACCCGUUGUUGGAACACACUAUUGCACGCAACGGCACCUCUCAACGUGACAAGAUACCAAUCUUCAGUAUCUCCAAGGCUCGCGGAUUCCUUCCCCGCGAUGACCCCUUGGCCACACUUCCCGCCGUCUUUGAUCCCCUGGAUUCCUUGUUGAAGAGGAUGACCAUCGAACAACCAGGUGGACGAAAGGGUUUGCUCGCGUAUGGUCAACUCGGUCAUGCGGUCAAGAGCGAACUGAAACCGGCCGCCAUCGAGCGUCACGUUGUGCGCGCGAUCGAAACUGGUGAUCAGGUCUUGAUUUCGGCAUUGUUCCGCGACUACUGUUUUCUGGCUAGCGCUUUCUUGCUCGAGCCCGUAGAUCUGCACUUCCGAGCGACCGGCACGUACACCACCGGAAGGGAUAUACUUCCGGCCGAAAUCGCUGUUCCUCUCAAGCAACUCGCAGAUGCGCUAGGCCACUUUCCCUACAUGGAGUAUGCGAGCUCUUAUGCCCUGCAGAACUGGACCCGCAAGGACCCUAAUGGCGGUAUCGUCUAUGAUAAUCUUCGUCUAAUCCGCGCAUUCGAAGAUCCCACGGGCAGCGAAGCCGGCUUUAUUCUGGUGCAUGUCGACAUGGUUGCGCACUCUGGGGAUCUCGUUGAAGCGGCGGAGGAUGCUAUGACAGCUGUUGCAACGAAGGAACGAGGUGCUUUCAACAACGUUCUUUGGCGCCUCUAUAGCACGUAUCAGAAGAUUCAACUCUCUAUGGACACCAUGUGGUCGCGGAGCCUUCCUUCCGAUUACCUCAAAUUCAGGUCUUUCAUCUUCGGCACUGCUCCAGGGAACAGACUUAAUUCCAUGUUUCCGAAUGGCGUGAUUUACGAAAAUGUCUCUGACGAGCCUCUUUAUUUCCGCGGAGAGUCUGGCGCAAAUGAUUCCAUGAUUCCGCUAGGCGACAAUCUUCUCGAGAUCACAAAGAGCCUCCCUGACAAUGGCUUGACUAAGGUUCUGCGCGAGUUCCGGGCCUACAGACCCGGUCCGCAACGUCAAUACAUCCAGAGCGUGGAGGAGAGAGCCACGGCAUUGGGUGUCAAGAAUUUCGCGGAGAUGGACACCCGCAGUCUCGCUCUCUACGUACUUUGCGUCGAUCAGAUUCGGGAAUUUCGCGAACGCCACUGGCGCUUUACCAAGACAUAUAUCAUCAAGAAUUCUUCCUAUGAUCUGGCCACCGGGGGUUCGCCCAUCCUGUCGUAUUUACCCCAGAACUUGCGCACUGUUCUUGUGGUGCAAGAGGAGGCAGUAUCUCACCUGACACCCACCGCUAUGCACCUGGCUGGUCUUGAAGAGGAUCUCAUCGAACGGGUUGAGAAAUGUCGCGCCAACGCCACCAUUCAGCGCAAGUUGCUCGACCGCGAAGUGAGAACGCUGCAGGAGCAGCAUUCGCACAGGGCAGAGAAAGCUGAUCUCGGUGAAGAGAAGAUCUUGCAGAGGGGCUGGGUCGGAAAUGAUGGCGUCGGUUGAAAGGCAUUCGUGCGGCCCGCGCCGGAAAGUUGGCGGGGAGAGAAGCCAAAGCAUCAUCCCCCGCCGCCGUAGGACGUCAAGAACAAGGUUUCGCUUUCCUAUUACAUUGUAUGACGUGAAUCAGAAGAUUUGCAAGACGCUGUUUGUCUUC